AUGAAAGUUGAAGGAGGAGGAGGAGACGAGGAGGAGGAGGAGGUGGUGGUGGUGGAGGAGGAGAAGAAGGGGAUUCUACCUGAUUGGGUCAGCAUCACUGCUGACGACGCCAAGACCGUGCUUGCGGCGUUCGCGAUUUCGCUGGCGUUCAGGACUUUUGUGGCGGAGCCGAGGUUCAUUCCCUCGCUCUCCAUGUAUCCCACGUUCGAUGUUGGCGACAGGAUCGUUGCGGAGAAGGUCUCAUAUUACUUCAGAAGGCCAUCUGUGAACGACAUAGUUAUCUUCAAAAGCCCACCAGUUCUGCAGGAAGUGGGAUAUACCGAUAACGAUGUGUUUAUCAAGAGAGUUGUUGCCAAGGAAGGAGAUAUCGUGGAGGUUCACAACGGAAAACUAAUAGUGAAUGGUACUGCCAGGAGUGAAGAGUUCAUUCUUGAGCCACCAUCUUACGAUAUGAAUCCCAUUAAUGUACCCAAAAAUUCUGUAUUUGUGAUGGGUGACAAUCGCAACAAUAGUUACGAUUCUCACGUAUGGGGUCCUCUUCCUGCAAAGAACAUACUCGGGAGAUCCAUUUUCCGAUACUGGCCACCCUCAAGAAUGGGUAGCACGGUUCUUGAUGCAAGUCCAGACUCUCUAAAGGUGGUAGGAAGCUCAGCCUCAAACUAGAAGAGAGAGGUUGCUUAACUCAAUUGUUCAUGUAGAAUUGUGGAUUCUUCUUCAAAGAGGACACCAUGGUCAUGGCAUUAGCUUGUGUGCCAAGAGAAACCAAUUUUGCUUCAGGUUUCUGCCAUGUUUGUUCCCCUGUGGACGUUUAUAUCUCUUAACCCUGUAGAUUUUCCCAUUCGAAUGUUGUAUUAUUUUGUAUCAUGGAAAUCUAAUUUAUGCCAAGGGCCUGAGGAAACUCUCUAAACUAA